AUGACUCAUAACACUAAUAGUAGGGGUGACCAAUCCAAUAGAUCUUACAGGCAAACCAUUGACAACCAAUGGGUAGAUGAUGAAUUUGAUCAAUUUGAUGACGAACAGGAUGACUAUUUGUUCGGAGAAAGGCCAGUGGAUGCUGAAGAACGUGAAGCUGAUUUGGAAGCUGAUGACCUAUUCGAUGACCAAGAGGAAACAGGUUUCGUAAUAGGACAGAGGGAUGCUGAAAGGGAAAUAGAAGGUUUUUCCAAAUUGGGGAUUCACAACGUUGAUGAAUAUGACCCGGAUAUGUUGGACGAUGAAGACAGUUAUGAAGAUGAUCCCAAAGCACGAAGAGCUGCGGAGAGACGCAUGAUAUUCGAGUCUAGAUACAAGUCUAAAGUGGAUGCUGUGACAAAAAGUAGCUAUAGGAAUAUUUGGCGUAAAAUUAUAGAAGCGGAAGGGUCUGAUGACGAAACAAGUGUUUUCCAACGUAUUACUGAGAGGGUUGCUAAAAGAAGAGGGAAUUUGUCACACGUAAUCACGGAAGAGGAAAUACCCGACUUAUCACUGUUAGAAUCUGCCAAGAACAUUUUACAAGCUCCGCCAAACGAGGUUGUGAUUGAUGAACAAUACCAACAGGCUGCGAUUACAUGUUUCAGAUAUUUCAUACACAAGUUUGAUCAGGGUGAUGGUCAAAACAAAGAUAGACCCAAGUAUUAUGUGGAUAAGAUACUUAAGAUGAUUAGGGAUGAUAAGACGAUAUUAAAAAUAUCAGCUCAGCAUUUGAUGCAGUUUCAUUGUGAGCAGAUGUUGAUUUGGUUGGAAUUACGGCCCAACGACAUCCUUCCUGUGCUACACGAUUGUCUAACUAUUGAAGCCCAUAGAUUAUCUCCAGAUUUAUAUUCUGGUCGUGAAUGUAGAGUUGCUUUCUAUGACUGGCCUUUCAGGACCCAUCUAAGGAAUCUUAGGUGUAGCGAAUUGAACACAAUGGUCAAAGUUACAGGUGUUGUUAUCAGGAGAGGAGCCGUGCUGCCCAAACUGAGGGUUAUGUAUCUAAAAUGCGCGACUUGUGACCAUUCUCUCAAUGAUAUGCCCAUAUUCUUUCAUGAAUCCCAAGAACCAAUCAUGCCCAAACGCUGUCCAUUUUGCCAAUCAGUAGGUUUUAUAGUGGAUAGGAUCAAAACGGCAUAUACAGACUACCAAAAGCUGACUAUACAAGAAUCACCUAACUCGGUACCCGCUGGUCGAGCGCCUAGGCAGCGACAAGUGAUACUUAUUGGUGAACUCGUUGAUGCGGUAAAACCUGGCGAACUUGUUGACAUUUUAGGCAUCUAUAAAUCUAGAUAUGACUUAGGUCUCAACAUUAAACAUGGAUUUCCACUUCUCCAAGUGGAAUUGGAAGCGAAUAAUGCAGAGCGUGUCGAAUACACGCGAUCAUUUGAUAUUACGCAUGAUGAUAUAAAGGCCAUUAAGGCCUUGGCAAAGGAUCCGUAUAUAAGGGAGAGGUUGAUAGCAUCAAUCUCACCCGCGCUUUGGGGUCAUAAAAGCGCUAAAUCUGCUGUAUGUUAUGCACUUUUCGGUGGUGUCCCCAAAGGUAGAUCUGAACAGUCGAAUAUAUUCAAUAAAGAUAUACCAAAUUAUGAGUACAAUGUAUCAAACAGUGGGCAUGUAAUAAGGGGUGAUAUAAACGUAUUACUACUGGGAGAUCCUGGGCUAGGUAAAUCCCAAUUAUUGCAAUUUGUCCAGAAAACAGGAUUGCGCACAAUUUAUACAACUGGUAAAGGGGCAUCUAGUGUUGGUUUGACUGCAGGUGUUAGACGAGAUCCUGCCACUGGAGAAUGGUCAUUGGAAGGUGGUGCUCUAGUUUUGGCUGAUGAGGGAAUUUGCAUUAUUGACGAAUUUGACAAGAUGACUGACCGAGAUCGUGUUAGUAUUCAUGAGGCUAUGGAACAGCAAUCAAUUAGUAUCUCUAAGGCAGGUAUUGUAGCCACUCUAAGGGCAAGAUGCUCGGUGAUCGCUGCGGCAAACCCCAAAUUUGGAAGGUAUGAACCGUCACUAUUGUUCAAGGAAAACGUGGAUCUUUCAGAUCCAAUCCUUUCCCGAUUUGACUUGAUUAUCGUGAUGAGAGACGUGCCAAAUAUUGACGAGGAUUAUUUCCUCUCCGAAUAUGUGGUCACUAAUCAUCAAAUGAAUCAUCCCAGAAUUGAAAAUGUUCAAAAUUACCAAGAAAGGCUUGAAUUUCUGAGAUCUACAAUUUUGGCUGCCACUGCUUGCAAUCCAAUUGAUCAGAAUUUACUGCCAAAGUAUAUUUAUUAUGCCAGAACCCACUGCUUCCCCAAGAUAAACGAGGAGCAUUAUGCAGAGAUCGGUGCCCAAUUAUCAUCAUUUUAUAGCAGAAUCAGACAGAAGACCAACUAUUCCGGUGGUUAUCCCCUAACUUUGAGGCAUAUUGAAAGCAUCAUUCGCUUGUCAGAGGCCAAUGCAAGGAUGCGAUUGAGUAAUUCUAUCACCCCCUUGGACAUUGAGUAUGCCAUUGCUAUGCUGCUGGAGUCGUACAUAAGCAGCCACAAAUUUAGUGUAUCAACAAUGUUAUCAAAGGAAUUCUCGCGCUAUCGCGUAUUAUUCAGAGGCAGAGAUGAUGUUUUGGCACAAAUUUUAAGGCGAUGCAUCCAGCAAAAUCUACAGAGGCACAGUAUUCGUAGCAUCAGUAGAAGUUCCGAUAGUGGUGACAGCAUUGAUGCAAAAAGGACAUAUUUACCCGUGACAUUGUUCAAAAUGAUGGCUCGCCAAAAUAGAUUCACUGAAGAACAUGUGGACAAGUGGAUGACCUCCAAAAUGUUCCUGAGUAAUUACAAAAUUAUUGAUCACAAUAACAAUCAUUUCAUCGUCAGCAAUAACUUCACGGAACCGGCACACUAG